AUGUAUGUCUGUCUUAGGUACAGACUUAAGUCCUUGAACAGAUGGAAAAAAAUUAAAUUCUCUUGCUGUCUUAUCAGGAGACUGCCUACAAAUUAUCUAAUCUCACAUGGUGACUGUGGCUUUUCAUUAACACUAUAUUUUCUAUGUUAAAGCAUACCAAGACCACCAGCUAAUUCCAGCUGUCAUGUAAAUUGGACUAAUAACCAGGAAGGGAAUAUCUUGUUUUUAUUUCAGCAGUCCCUCAUACUAUCAGCCUUAGAUUACCUGACUUCAUGCUGAUGACUAAACAUACUUCAUAAUUUAAUAACUGCAAUAUUGAUCUAGACAGCUUUAAAGAAAAAAACCACCUUGCCUAAUUAUGUUAACUGGUGAGCCUUGAGGGGUCUUCUGGGUAUGUGACAUGCAAUUAAAUACUACCUAAUUAAGAAUUUCCCUGAUGUUGUGAUAGUCUCUUGAGUAAAUGCUAUUUGCAUGUCUCCAUUCUUAUCCAAGAACAUCUUGUAUUUUACUGAUUAGCAGCUUCUCCGUGGUCUCCGUGGUGCAAUUUGGGAGAAGGGGAAGUGGGGGGUGGUGGUGAAGCAUUUUGUAAGCUUUCAUGAACAAUUAAAAAAAUUAAUUAAUAAAAAUCUGCCUGAGCCGCGUUUGAAGUUACAGCAAAGUCUGGUGAGUGCUCAGCAGCUGUGCUGGGGCACUGCAGGGAAGGAAGAGCAGAAGACAGAGAUUUGCAUUGUGUCGUGGCAGAGCAGUGUGAGCCACAGCAAUGGGGUCACCCCCAGAGGUUUCCUGGCUGGGCUUCACUUGUGUCCCAACUUCUCAGAUCACUCUCUCCUCGAGCAGCUAGUUUUGUUGUCAGGUGGAGCAUGGGUAGAUGUUUUAAGUCAAGGGAUGUGGCAGGAUGUCAGUAGAUCUUAAUUAUUUUUUUUUAGUGUCUCAAUGCUCCUAUCUGCCUACAGCUUUCCUGUGUCCACUGAGUAACUUAGGCUUUUGUCACUUCCUCAUUUCAAGCUUUCUUUUUCACCUUUUUUGGUGGGAGUGUGCUUCAGAGGGGUUUUGUUACUGUGGGGUUUUUUUUUUACACCAAGGUCAGUAUAAAUGCCAAUUGGAGCCUUUCUCACAACUAGAAAAAAUGGAAGAUUCUCUGUAUCCCAUGGGUCCUCUGAUUUGUCCAGGCUUCAGCCUUUCUUUGUUGAGAGCUGCUAACAGAGCUCAUGUUCCAUAUUGUUGUUUUCAGAAAUGUUUAGAGAGUGAAUAUGAGAGACCUCCCUUUGCUGGAUUGGCCAGCAGGCUCUGAAGGAGUGAGCACAUGGAUAUAGAUACAGAAAAAGCCUGAAGUGAUAUAAUGUUGUUCCCGUUUGCUGUCUGAAUAAACAUGAGUUUGUUUAUCCAGAGUAUGUCUCUUUGGUUACAGAAAUGGAAGAGUAUGUCUCCUUGGUUACAGAAAUGGAAGGUGCUGGUGAAGAGAAUCCUUGUGUCACUUGUUACAGUAUAGUCCUGUCUUCUUGGAUUUGUCCCCUUGAGCACAAGGAUCAGGAUCAUUAGGGACAUGUGCAAAGUACAGAAUUUGUGACAGCAUUAUCUUACUGCUGUUUAGAGCACUGUUGGCAUUUGGGCCUGGUGGCUUCAUCAGGAGUGAGAAGAGCUGUAUGCUGUGGCAGGAUCAGGUUCUCGGAGUCCUGGAAGAUACCUUCAGGUCUGUUAACACGGCAGUGAGGUUGAACCACUGCUCUGAACAGACUGGAAGGAGGUAAAAGGAGGAUUUACUGAGGAGUGGAGUGAAAUUCUGGGAGCUGCAGGCUCAACUAUCCAUGGACUUCUUGGUGAAGGGAUGCCAGAUUGGUCAUGUAUAAACUGUGCUAGCGUAGUGAGUCAGAUUGCCUGGCUGUCUGUGCAAACUCUUCUGGAGUUCCAAAAUCAAUAACCCAUUUAGAAAAAGACUAAGUGGGCCCUGAAUCGGCUGUCAGCAGACAUGACAACAAGAAUGAACGACUGCAGUGCAGCGCCACAGGAAAUUCUCAGCAACAGAAGUGGAGAAAAAUGGGUUUGUCUUCACUGUCCCAGUUGCCUCACCGGCUUUCUGCACUGGUUCAUGGCUCCAGGGCUCUCUUCCAGACAAGAUUGUGUCAUUUCAUGUGGAUCCUCCCAGGGUUCCCCCAACUUACUGACCUGUCUUCCUCUCUGUUUUUUUUCCAUAGGCCAUCAUUCUGGUGCACUGGCUGCUCACAGUGUGGUGAGUGAUUGGUGCCUGGCCUGGGUGAGAAGAGGGUAUUCCUUCAAACUAGGAAUGGGACAUUCUUGGGGAAUCAACAUUCUGUGUCUGCCUGUGUGCAAGAACAUCCUAAACCUAUGAGUGAAGUGUUUGUAUGGGAACAGAAAUGAACACAGACUGUUGCAGGCUAAUUGUGAAUUUGGUCUGGGUUUUUUUGUCUUGUUUGGCAGGGGAUGCAUGAAUCACAUCUUACCAGCCUCCUAUGCCUGGGGAAAUUUCAGUGUCCUUGCAGUGGGGAUCUGGGCCAUUGUGCAGCGAGAUUCCCUCGAUGCCAUUGCAAUGUUCCUGACUGGCCUGCUGCUCACAGUGCUCACAGACAUCAUUCACAUCUCUGUCUUCUACCCCGCCCAUGACCAUCUCGGCGAUACGACCCGUUUCAGUGUGGGCAUGGCCAUCUUCAGCCUCCUCCUCAAACCCCUGGCCUGCUAUUUGGUGUAUCGGAUGUACCGGGAGCGUGGAGGGGAGUACACCUUUAACAUAGACCUGGAGUCCUUGUCUGGCAGCCACUUUGCCCACAAUGGUGUCACCAGUGCGAGCCAGGAUCGCAGCACCUACGAGCCCAUUGAUCAGUCAGAAGCGCCUCCCCAGUGGCCUCCCCCGGGCAAGGCAGCCCAGCCUCCCUACUGAGGCACCUGGAGCCCUGAACGGACACUGCCCUCGCCCAGCCAAGGCUUCUGCUCUUCCUCCCUCUGUUCUCAUGGAGCCACACCUGCUGCUGAGCAAACGGGACAGGAUCUGAUACUUCUUUUUCCCCCCUGAAGGUUGGGCAGAUGGGUUCCUGCAGUAAGUCCAGAAGAUCUUGGAGGUGUCACGUCAAGCACUGUGACUCAUUGUAAUCCCAGUACUUUCCUCCUCAGUCCCUCCUCAGUGUGUGUGACUGGUGCACCUCCUGCAGUCUUCCAGGUCUUGCACUGUGCAUCCUCUUUGAUGUAAGGGAACCACUAAAAGUACCCCUGGACAAACUGUCUUUAAAAGCCUUAUGGACUGCCCUUAAACAAUACAGUUAGCCUGCUUUUAUGCAGAUAUAUUCCCAGGAAACAUCUGGGAGUUCUCAAGAGCUGUUUUUGAUGGCGUUAUUUAACUAAGAUUUAUGACCUCCUAAGAUUUAUAACUCCCUGUGUUAGCUGUGGUGGUUUGCACAAAGCUGGGCUUGGUAUAAAAUGUUCUUAACUGGGCCAGGGAGGUGUUUGUGCUCCCAGUGUCUGGUCUUGGGUUUUAUUGACUGAUGCUUUUAUGCAAGUUGAAUGUCCUUCAGGAUACUUAAAAUGACUGUUGAAUGUAGGGUAUAGAUACUUUGUGCCUUGAAAUGUCCUUUUGCCUUCAGCCGCCUGUCUUAACAGAAUUUGAAAUGUUACAUUUUUCUAAGAAAACUAUAAAAUGAACACAGUUUUCCUGUGUUAGAAAAA